AUGAUUGUCCAGCUCCCCCGCUCAGUUCGAUAUCCGGUAACUAUCACCGCGUUUCUCAAGCAGCCGAACGAUGACAUCCCAAGACUUGAAGCCGUUCUUCUCUACACAUACAUAACCACCGUGACCGAAUACCCGGAGUUUGGUCAGGAGCGACAGGUGGAGAAAAAGUUGUCCGCACAGUUCCACGCCCCCGUGGAGGGUAGAUUAAACCGUUGGUUGGUGAAAGUUGGGACUGUUAUCGAAGGCCCUGGUGUCGACAUUAUGGAAAUUGAGGAACCUUGUUCCCACGAAGUGCAGUUCGCCGGUUUAUGCAGCAUGUGCGGGCAAGACAUGACACUACUGGAUCACGGCCACUUUUCCAACAAGGAUCGCGCGACAAUACAUAUGGUUCACGAUAGUAUGGGGCUCACAGUUAGUCAAGACGAGGCUACCCGACUGGAAGAGGAAACGAAAAGGCGGCUACUAAAGUCGAAAAAGUUAUCGCUCGUUGUCGAUCUCGAUCAGACCAUCAUCCAUGCUACGGUUGACCCUACGGUUGGCGAUUGGAAAAAUGACCCGUUCUGCAUCAAUCACGAAUCUGUCAAGGAUGUUCAAGCUUUCAAGCUAGACGAGGAUAUAAUCGGUGGCCGAGGCACCUGGUACUAUGUAAAGAUGCGCCCAGGUCUAAAAGAAUUCCUAGAACACAUCUCCCAGCUCUACGAACUCCAUAUAUACACUAUGGGAACCCGGGCGUAUGCAAUGUCGGUCAAGAAGAUCGUUGAUCCAGAUGGUAGAAUAUUCGGUGAGAGGGUGUUGAGCAGAGAUGAGAGCGGGAGCAUGACCCAAAAGAGUCUUCAUAGAAUAUUCCCGGUUGAUACGAAGAUGGUCGUUAUCAUCGAUGACCGAGGUGAUGUUUGGAAGUGGAGUGAUAACUUGGUCAAAGUACGGCCGUACGAUUUCUUCGUCGGGAUUGGGGACAUUAAUUCAAGCUUUUUGCCGAAACGUCAAGAAUUCCUCCCUCCAACGCCUAUUGCAAACGCUCCAGCUAACCCGACGGUUUCCCCUGCCGAUAUGGUGAUUCCGAUAGACCAGAAGGUAGAGAAGGCUAGCAGUAGUGCAACCCAACUUGCGGCAUUAGACCAGCUUGUCACCAUUGGGGAAGAUGUUUCUGCUGAAAAUCUCCUCAACGCCCAGAGCAAAGAACUCGACAAGGCUCUUAGUGCCCAAAAGAUCGAUCGCCCACUAGCCAGAAAGCAAGAGGAGCAAGAUAAGAAAGACGAGAAGGCCGCUAAUGAGUGCAUAAACGGUGAAAACGGAAUAGAGUCGACGACGCCAAGUGAAGUAGGAAGGGCUAAGCAUAGCGUUCUACAUGACCAAGAUGUUGAACUAAUCUCCCUUGAGCGCCACUUGACAGAAGUGCACCGAAGUUUUUACGAAUUAUACGAGAAGAAUGGGAGCGUUAUAUCUUCUAGGGUUUCCGAGCUCAAGGACUCUAAGAAGCAGAUUAGUAAGAGACGUCUCAGCGAUACUAAUCCACAGGCUGUUCCCGAUGUCAAAGUGAUAAUGCCCCGAAUGAAGACGCAAGCCUUGGGGGAUGUUGUUCUAGUCUUUUCUGGAAUUAUCCCACUGGGAGUAGAAGUUCAGAACUCCGAUAUCGCGCACUGGUGUAGAAGCUUUGGCGCAGCUGUUGCAGAUGACGUACAUUCUAAAGUAACGCAUCUAGUUGCUGCGAGGAGCCGGACCGCAAAGGUUAGACGCGCGGCGUCGAAAUACCCUCAUAUCAAAAUAGUAACGCCACAAUGGCUUUACGACUCGAUUUCAAAUUGGAGGAAGGAGCCGGAGAAGUCAUAUCUACUCCCAAUCCACCCCGAAGAUCGCCAUCCAAGACCGCUCAAUGGUGCUGAUGACCACCGUUUGGAUGGUCCAAUACUAUCCUCCGAAGACGACGACUCAGAUGACGACGAGAUGCAGAGCGUUCAUACCGAAGAAUUCUCGACUGCCGAGAUGCCAGAUAUGACAGGCGUAGGUUGGAUGGACGUAGAUGAGGAGCUCAAAGAAUGGCUAGGCUCCGACGAUGAAGAUACCGAAGCCGAAGACGGCAACGCAUUCGAUGACAAGAACACAGACUCCGCCCCCAAGAAGGCUGGCAAGCGCUCAAGAAGCUCCACCCCAGACGAGGAAACAGGCGAUCCCUCGCUCGAAGACUCAAUUCCAGGCUCCAGACUAUCGAAGCGCCAAAAGAUGGUUAGGAGCCGCCCUGGUAGCGGGUUGAGAAUUGUCGAGGGCGUCGCUCCAUCCACCUCCUCCUAUGUACCCCCCUCCGGAACCGAUACUCCGGGUUCUUCGUCCGGAACCCUCGAUGGGAUUUCGGAGAAAGAGCUAGAACAAGAAUCUGAUGAACCACUGGAUGCGGGAGGAGAGGAUGAGGAGGAAGAGGACGACUUUGAUGGCUUUGCGCAGGAAUUCGAUCGCGAGCUUGCGGAGAUGGAAACUGAUGAGAAUGAUGACGAUGGGGAAGACAUUGUCGGGGGUGGAGGCGCUAUUGCAACCAGCGCUCAAAAUGAGCAUUCCCAAUCCGAACCCGCCCCUAAGUCACCGCAGCAUCUCAUCGACCUAAGAUCACCUAUAACAGAUAGCUUUAGUAGCCUUGUCGGGGCCGGAGGAUCUAUAGGCGAAGUAGGAGGAGGAGGCAGCGCCAAUUCAGCUUCAUAA